UAAAAUUUGACAGAUUCAGUAGGAAAGGCCAUAAUGGCGGCCAUAGUGGUAGUGGUGGUUUUGCUACUCAUCGUCCUCCUAGCAAAGCAUGCCAGCAAGAAAAAGAAGAAGGCCAAACCAUCUGCCUCGAACGACACAUCUACAUGGUCGGGCCUGUAUCGGUUUGCGAAGGAGGAAAUCGACAGAGCGCUUGACUUCGGGAGCGAAAGGACGAGCCUAGGGCGGGGGAGUGCAGGGCAAGUGUACAAGGGAAUACUGCCGAGCGGGCAGCAAGUAGCCAUCAAGAAGAUAUUCCAGAGCAACACAUCGGAUUCAUUCAUUCGAGAAGUUGAAGGGCUAUCUAGGGUUCGGCAUCAAAAUUUGGUGUGCCUAUUAGGGUGCUGCAUUGAGAAUGGAGAACAAUAUCUUGUGUAUGAGUAUUGUGAACAAGGAAACUUGGCUCAACAUCUCUUGAGGAAAGACACAGUACUAUCAUGGAAAUCAAGAGUACAGAUUUUGAGAGACUGUGCACUUGCAUUGAGAUAUCUUCAUCAACGUGUUGAUGGCUGCAUUGUCCAUAGAGAUAUUAAGUUAACCAACAUACUUUUGACUGAGAAAAUGGAGCCCAAGCUAUCAGAUUUUGGGUUGGCAAGAAUGUUGGGAAUGGAUGAAACAAAAGUAUUCACAGAUGUUAGAGGAACCAUUGGGUAUAUGGAUCCUGAAUACAUGAGCAAUGCUAAGCUCACAUGUGCAAGUGAUAUUUAUAGUUUUGGCAUUGUGGCUCUUCAGCUCUUAUCUGGUCAAAAGGUCAUUGAUUUGGAUCUUGAUGCACGAGAUCAAUUAACAAGAAAGGCAAAGGAUGUAAACAUGGGGUUAAGAGCGUUGAGUGAUUUUGAAGACCCAAAAUUAAAAGGGAACGUAAAUAAAGCAGACUUUGAAUCCAUUUUACAAGUUGCUGUUCUUUGUGUGGCAAAAUCAAGUAAAGGAAGACCCACAAUUGACAUUGUCUUUGAGGAAUUGGACAAAGCUUGGCAAAAUACUAUCGUCAACGAGAGGGCAAAGCAAGAGAUGAACUCACCAGCAACCUCAUUGUCUAAGCCAUGGGAGGCUGUUCCAGUGUGA